CAAAAAAGUUGAAUUUAUUUGAACCCUAGUUUCCACAAAUUCAUUAUUAUUUGUUAUUAUGGCUAUGCUAAAACGUUUUAACUGAACGCGACAGGUGUAAAUAUAAAAUAACACAAACGGCUGAGAAGCAUGCAGGUGGCCUAUAGGCGUUCUUUCUUGAUGACAUGGUGCCACUGCGCUGCGGAGGGGCUCGCGCUCCGGUUGCCGUGUUUAUCGCUGGGCACAGUGCAUUCUGGGAAACUCUCGGCCUACCAAACAUGGCGUUUCAAUGACAGCUGCUGGACUUCCAUUAUCUUCUCGGCCGCUGAUAAAUAGUAGUGGGACCGCUAACGGAGCGCUCUUCUUCCACAGAUUUCGUUUAUCGGCCCAGCUCAGACCUGGCCGCCUGUCCACGAGAAACCCGCAGAAAAACUCGAGGCGUUUGCAAGUCGGAGUCACGCCCACGGCUGCGAUCGACCCGUUAGCUUAUCGGCUAACCUGCACUAAGUGACCGACUGAGAGAGCGACCGACGGUUUGACGGACCGACACACACUCAGACACGCAGGCACUGCUGCCUCAUGCUUGCUGACAGCGGAAUGUGCGCCCCGUAGUGAGUUCCUUCGUGACAACGGAUAGCCGAGCUCUGUCCGGGACCGUUUCAUGCGCGCCGUCCUGUCCGGCUCGUCCGGCGGAGGACUGAGACAUGGGCUCCGGGCCGGUGGACUCGUCCCAGUGGCUCUCGGUGAAGGAGGAGACCAUCUUCCUGCACGACGGCCUCAUCCGGGUUACGGACCUGGCCGAGCUGCCAAGCGAAAUAGGCGCUUCGGAGCAGGGCGACGCCGAGCAGGAGAUUCUAACAUUCGAGACGAAGAACCCGGCGGAGUUGGCCGAGCGCCUGCGAGCUGUGUGCGGUAACCAAAGCAAUGCCUAUGCCCGGCUGCUGGAGUACCGGCUGAAUGCGUUGCGUGGCCUGUGGGGGGCCCAGCGACAGCUGGCCCUGGAAGAGCAGCAGGAGCGAGAGGGUGCUGGUGACGAGGAGGCGCUGGCCCUGCUCAAGAGACAAGGCCUGCUACAGCAGCCUGAGCAGGCGCCCUUCACGUCGCGUGUGGGCCUUCUUCUCGUCUUCCCGCUGCUGCAGUCACAGUCACGCAGCGACCCAGCCCUCUGCAGCAUCACGGCCGAGGUGCUGCUCACCUGUCUGCGUGACUGCCAGCCACUGAGCCUGAGCAAGGAGCCAGCUGACUGCCUCAGUGGCUUGGAGAGCCUUCUUUGCUCCUGGCUGGAGGAGCCCGAGCUGCCGCAGCAGCGCUUGGCCUCAGCUGCCGGGCCCCUUGUGCACCGACAGCGGGAGAACGCCGCCGCAGCCCUCGUGGCUCUAGCCUGCGCCAGGGGCUCGCUGAAGACCUUCAUUCAUACUGUUCACCUUCUGCAGAAGCAGAAAGACCUGGGCCAGCUACCUGUAGCUGAUGUACUCUACAGGCUUCUCCUGCUUGAGGGAGGCCCUGGAUCCCCUUCCUGCCUUCUUGGGGGUAAGCACAGUGUCUCUUGGGGGUUCGAGGACAUGCUGCCAGCACCAGACAGUGGAGUAGCAGGCUCCGAGAGUAAAGACACAGACCUGGGGCGUUGCCUAGCCACUGACGGACUCUAUCUCUACACCACUAACUCCUUUGGGAAGGGAAUCAGCAAGCUGGGGUCCGGCCUUCAUGGUACUCUGCGGGGGUUUGUGUACUGCCGAAAUGAGGACCUGGAGCCUGGAUGGGUGGUGUUUGGUAGCGGGCGCCUUUUGCACCGCCCCGCAUCCUUUGACACCAAGCCUCAUCAGCUGUGCCAGGUCAUCGACCCCUUCACGCUCCAGGUGUGCCAGAUUGUGCCCAUGCCUGCUCAUCACUUCCUGGUGGGCAGCAGUAUGAGCACCCUGCACCUGUGCUCUGACGGGACCUACCUAUACUGGAUCUGGUCACCUGCCAGCCUCAACGAGAAGACGCAGAAGGGCCACUCGGUCUUCAUGGAUGUCUUUAAGUUGACAGCUCAGUCUGGGCUCUGCAUGGCAGAAGUCUUACAGGAGCGGGUCAUUCUCACCCGGAAGGAGGGAGAGUCCUCAAAGUGUCUGAAUGACCUACUGCUGAGCCGCAUGUCCCGCUUCCGCGCCUCGCACUCUGCUACGCUGGCAGCGCUCACCGGCUCAGCCAUCACGAACACGGUGAAGGAGGAGCAAUCCGCAGUGAAUACCAGCUGUGGGCUUCCUCUGAAGACUCUGCGCAAGACACCAAUGUAUGUGUGCGGGACCUACCUGGUGAUGCUGGCGUCACCACCGGGGGUGUCGGGCAGUUCUGCCACUCGCUCUCUGUUUGGGGGCAGCAGCAGUCUGUCGUCUCUCAAAAUCCUAGCCUCCAGCCUGGUGUUCAGCAUUGCAGAUGGGCAGUUCAGCAGCCGUGCAGACCUCAUCGAUGCUCCAGGCAGCUCCCUUGGCCGUGGGGCUCAGGUGUCAGGUUUAGGGGCGUGCUAUGAUGCUCUCAACAACCUGAUCUGGACAUGUUCCAGUGACUACAUGGACCAGUGGUGCAACCCUGGCAACCAGGCUUUCCAUCACGUGUGUCACAGGCUUGGUGUCAGCCAUGUCAUCAAGGAGCCCAAAGAGGAGAUGGUGCCCACGGGCGAAGUGAUCAACCAGCUGCUGCACCACGUGGGUGCCAUGUGCAUCCACCAGCUCAACGUGCUGGCGGCCAGCAGUAGCAAUCUGCCCAUCGGAGCUUUCCUGGGCAAGCAGCACCCUAUCGAAACGAAGCACUUCAGCAGCAUCUGCGAUAUCAUGGAGAAGGCCAUGGUCAAAGGGGACACCUGUAUCAUUCGCUGUAUUUUGGUGGUCUUCCAGGUGGUGUUCAGGUUCUUCAACCCGCAGUCUGAGCAGAACAGAGAGAGUGUACGGCGAGCUGGCUUGUUGCUGUGGCAGCUGCUGAUGGCACCAGCAGACCAGAUUGGCGCUGAGAUCCUGGGGGAGGUGUGCCUGGCCAUCAGCUCAGGACUGAGCACUUUGUAUCAAGGGGAAACUGAACUGAACAACCUACUGAAGCUGGUCCUUACAGAAGGUGAGCGGAACAGCGGCCUUUCCCAGCUUCGGGACGUCAUUCUCACCAACCUUUCCAUGCAGUUACAGAAGAACCGCUUUGGCAGUGAUGAUGAUGACCACUACAGGUGCAGUUCAGACAGUGACAUUUUGUGGCUGACAGUGAGGAGACAGCCACAUAGGCUGAACGAUGAGCUUCUACACUGCAUCUUGAAGACUGUGGUGCGAGAGUCCUGUCUGGUCAUCACCAAGUGUCAGACCAUCGGAAAGGAUGACUUUCAGAAGCUCCUGUCCACUGUGCCGGUGGCCUCUCCCAGCCUACGCUACCUCAUGGCUGUUCAGAACCAUCUGCUAAGCAACAUGGUUCUGAUUCGGCCUGACGAGAGCGAUGACAGCGACAGCUCCCUGCAAGGGGAAACAAUGAAGGUACAGGAUCUGCAGGCCAGCAUCCUGUCCCUGGCAGCCAAGAUCUUGAUGGGUUGUGAUGAGGUGUUAGAGACCUUGCAGCAGGUGACCACUGCCCUGAUCAAGAGUGAAAUCCCAGACCGGGAGACCAGACUGAGGGGGCUGGAACAGGUGACAAAGGCCACUAUGCUGGGACAUCUGCUGCCAGUGCUGCUCACUUCUCUGAUGCAUCCAAACCUGCAGACACUCACACUGGCCGAUGCUCUCAUGCCACAGCUUGUGCAGCUGGUCCUCUACACCAGCCAGACUGCCUUGCUGCUGAAGACUCAGACCCCACUGUUCACUGAAGGGACUUCACUUACAGGUGGGCCCUCAGGACCAAGAGGGAAGCUACCCUCUGCUGAUGACAGCCUGCGGACCCUGGAGGAGCGCGAGGAGCCAGGAUUCCUGACAGGGCUGAAGAUUCCAGCUCCAUGGGCAGCAGGGAAGACUGUAGAGACGGUGCAUCCAGUGCGGGACAACUACAAGUUCAAGGAGACUGUACACAUCCCAGGGGCACGUUGCCUGUACCUGCGCUUCGAUCCCCGAUGUUCUUCACAGUACGACUAUGACAAGCUGGUGAUCUACGCCGGUCCGAACACCAACAGCCGCAAGGUGACCGAGUACGGGGGAAACACUCUAGGCUAUGGCAGUCGCAGUGUGCUCGGCACGGGAUGGCCCAAGGAUCUGGUUAAGGUGGAAGGCGACACAGUAACUUUUUCCUUUGAGAUGCGCAGUGGCCGGGAGCACAACACUCCUGACAAGGCUAUGUGGGGUUUCUCUUGUACGGUGCGCGCACAGGAGUCCUCAGAGGAUGUGUCUGGAGGCCUGCCUUUCCUGGCUGACCUGGCACUGGGCUUGUCAGUGCUGGCCUGCUCCAUGCUGCGCAUCCUGUACAAUGGGCCUGAAAUCACCCGGGAAGAAGAGGCCUGCCAGGAUCUGCUGUGCUCCAAACUGCUGCAGAGGUGCCAGUGGCAGGUAGAGGCCAAUGGUGCCAUCUCGCCAGCACUCACACCUAGCCCCUCGCCUUUGCCUCUCACCAUCGAGGAGGACCGGGAAUUCACCUACCCCACUGAUGUGCUAGUGCCACCACCUGGGCUCAUGCCAGGGGCCUAUGACCUGCCACGCAUCCGUCUUCCCCCAGGCAUCAUGGGCCGCUUGCGGGAGGUGUCGGGCAGAGCACGUCCCCAGUUUCGGCCAAGCAUAAAGGAGGUGAUCCGGCCGGACGUGAUCGAGGAGGUGAUUGUGUCCUGCGUAAUCAAGCACCUGGGGUUAGUUGACACUCUGCAGUCGCUGGUCAACUUCCAGUACCGCGAAGAGCAUGCUGAGGAACACGACCUGCUCUGUAAGAUCAUGGCUGAGACCUUCAAGAAGAUCAACGCCAUGGAACGGCAGCUGCAGAGUGUGGCAGAGCUGGAGCAGAAGUGGCAGAAUGAGGUGGAGGAGGCACAGCAGGGCAAGCUGGAAAACAAUGGCCCCUUCUUCCAGGACUACCACUUCUUUGAGAACAAAAUCAAGGAGGUGGAAUUACUUUGUUCCCUGAAAGAAGUCCCUUUAGACUGCAGUGAUCUUGAAAAUGUUGUUCUGGCUCUUAGGGAGAAGUUCUUCCAUGAAGUGAACUCCAUCCAGCAGAGGCUUCCUGCCCCGCUGGCCAAGACAAAGGCACUGGUCAAGAGCCUGAUGAACCGAACGGAGCUACUGCUGCACGUCACUAUUGCUCCGCACUCCCGCAGUCUCACUGGGACCCCCACCAGCACAUCAGCCUGCAAAUCCGUAUCUGACACGAAGACCAUGACACCCGCAGUGAAACAACCAGUCUUCCUGCGCAGCAUGUCUGCACCCUCUGACCUAGAAAUGAUUGCCAACCAGGACCUGGAGUUCACCCAUGGCAGCCAAAGCAGGAGGCGCCAUCAUCCCACCAGCCACCGUAGCACCUCCUUCACCCUGCUGCAGUCACUGACCAUCGAGGACAGCAGGGACAAACCCACCUACAGUGUACUGCUGGGGCAGCUCUUUGCCUUCAUUGGGACCACACCCGACCAAGCUGUGUCCAGCAGCAGCUUCCUGUCGGCAGCACAGACACGUUGGAGACGCGGUAACACUCGCAAGCAGGCCCUCGUCCACAUGCGGGAGCUACUGACAGCUGCUGUCAGAGUGGGUGGGGUCACACACCUUGUGGGACCUGUCACCAUGGUGCUCCAGGGUGGGCCUAGGAUUGAGGAGCUAACCUGCGGUGGCAUGGUGGAGCAGGUACAGGAGGCGUUCGGGGAGACCAUGACGUCUGUGGUGUCACUGUGCGCUCGUUACCCUAUAGCCUGCUCCAACAGUAUCGGCCUACUGUGCACCAUCCCUUACACAAGGAGUGAGGAGCAGUGCCUGGUGCGCAGCGGUCUGGUACAGCUAAUGGACCGCCUGUGCAGCCUGAGUGGCCAGCGUGACAGCAGUUGCAAUGAGAAGCAAACCCGCAAACAGAAAGUGGCCACCAUGGCCUGGGCCGCCUUCCAGGUUCUGGCCAACCGCUGCAUUGAGUGGGAGAAGGUGGAAGGGGGCUCCUCAGAUGCAGUGCAUUCUGGAUUGGCACGCCAGGUGUCCAGCUUGCUGACAAACCACCUGGCCCGAGCCACAGAGUGCUGUGGCAACCAGGCAGCAGGCAACGAUGCACUGCAGGAUGUGCUCAGUCUGCUCAAUGACUUGUCCAGGAGCCACAUUGGCAAGGCCAUCCUGAGUCAGCCAGCCUGUGUAUCAAAGCUACUGUCACUGCUCCUGGACCAGCGUCCGUCACCCAAACUGGUGCUCAUCAUCCUCCAGCUGUGCCGUGCAGCACUGCCCCUCAUGAGUGUGGAGGACUGUGGCAAUGUAGCACUACCCCCCUGGAGCUACUCCAUUCAUACUCUGGAUGCCGAGCAGCAGGACAGCAGUGACCCAGCAUCCCGCAUCGCCUCCUUGCUGCUGGCUAAACUAGCUGAUUACGUGGUUCCAGGUUGUCAGACCCUGCUGUCCCCCAGCUCAUCAGAACCAGACACUAGCCUGACCCGCUCAAGCCCCAAGAGUUCUGUGAAGACGGACAAGGAUGUGGAGGAGGAGGGAGAGGCUGUGGAUGGCAAGCUGUCCAUCUUCAUCCACAAGCGGGAGGAUCAGUCAUCCCAUGAGGUCUUGCAGCCUCUGCUCAGCAGUUCUGAGGGCCGACCUUUCCGUCUGGGCACUGGAGCAAACAUGGAGAAGGUGGUGAAGAUGGACCGAGACAUGACCAAGAGCGGGAGCUGCGAGGUGGUUACAGAGGAGGCUGCAGCUGCUCUGCGCAAGGCCACCAAGUGGGCCCAGUCAGGCUUGAUCGUGAGUGUGGGUCCACCUGUGGAAACAUUGGCCCUGGAGAGCACAGGAGGUGUUACCACAGGGGACAAGAAGAAGACGGCUCAGACGGCUGUGUGCCGGGAGAGGAACUCCGAGCUUGCCAGGACCGAUCCAGUCAGGCCCUUCAUCAGUGGACAUGUAGCUAACAGUAUGGCUGCAGAGGUCAUCGCUCUGUUGCACAGCCUCCUGACUGCUCCAGAGUCCAACACAGCCCAGAUCUGGACCUCCACUGCAGAAAAGGUGCUGUCUCGUGCACUGAUGUACAUUCCCCAGCUGGGCAAAUAUGCAGAGAGCAUCCUGGAGAAUGGUAGCAGCAGUGGGCGCAAGCUGGCCAAAUUGCAGGCCAUUGGCAGGCAGGCUGUAGCUGCGCUUUGCGCCUUAGGUGGCUUCAAGGAGACGAUCAAGAUGGGAUCGGAGGUCCAGGUGCUAGGAAAAGGGGUUCUUGGGAGUAUAGGUGUGGUCAUGUCCAUCAACGAACAGGAAGGCAUUGCUACAGUCAAAUUUCCAUCCUGCGAUUACCGUAAGACUUGUAAAGCAUCCGACAUCCUCACAGUACCUAUUUCCCGCCUCUGCACACCUCGAUCAGAGGCCCUGCCCCUGUACAAGCUGUCCAUAACGGAGAAAGUGGUGCAAGCUGUGCAGUCCAUGUUGCUACCACAAGAGGGCAGUCUCUCAAUUCACACCUCUCUUCCGGCUUCUGGUGAUGGCUCCAGCCCUGUUAUGGCAGCUGUCCGGCUCCUGGCUGAGAUUCGAACCCGCGCGUGCUUGGUGAUGGCCCAGCUGCUGGAGGACAGCUCUUUCUGUGAGGAGUUCAUUCAGCAGUGUCCAGCAGCUGUGGAGGUGCUCAACUUGGUGGCCCAGGAAUGCAGCCCUGGAGAGCGUCUGUGUGUGGUUGAAGCACAGUGUGAGCGUGUACGAAUGCUGUACCGGGAUUGCGCCCGCCCUCCGCCCCCACCACUUCAGACUGACCGGAGACAGCCAAAGGAGAUCACCUGGUGCCCAUCCCGUGUCUUCCCACCUGUUCGCGCCUGCAUGUUCUCAUCCCGUCUCACCUCCGUCACCUUCCUGGCUGACCCCAGUGCCGGGGGGGGGCUGCCGCGUGGCACCUUCAUCUAUGCCACGUCUCCUGUGCCCGUACAGGCUCCUUCCUUCUACUGGGAGAUUGAAAUUGUUUCCUAUGGAGACUCUGAUGAUGACAGCGGCCCAAUAGUUUCCUUUGGCUUCGCCACCGAGGCAGAAAAGAGAGAUGGCGCCUGGACGAACCCUGUGGGCACCUGUCUCUUUCACAAUAAUGGCCGAGCAGUGCACUAUAAUGGCUCCAGCCUGCUCCAGUGGAAGAGUGUGAGGCUGGAUGUGGCCCUUCUUCCUGGUGAUGUAGCUGGGAUUGGCUGGGAGCGUGCAGAAGGGACCCCUCCACCCCCUGGCCAGGCCCCUAAGGGUCGUGUGUACUUCACCUACUGUGGACAACGGCUCAGCCCAUUUCUGGAGGAUGUAGCAGGGGGCAUGUGGCCUCUGGUGCACAUUCAGAAGAAAAACACAAAAAUCCAUGCCAACUUUGGCAGCCGACCGUUUGCGUAUGCUGAGGGGCAGGCGCACCGCAAUGCUGCUGAUCUGUGUGUGGACCUGGCUGAGGAGAUCAGCGCAAACUUCGAGGUGCUCCCCUUCGCCAUGGCGUCCGAUAGUGAUAAUGACGCGGGCGCCAGUAUAGCCUCCGAUUCAGGCUCCCAUGGGCCACCUUGUCGCAUUGCUGCCGUGGCAACCGUGCAGCAGCAGUACAACAGUGACUCAUCAUGCUACUACAAGAUGGAGCUGAGUUAUGAGAACUUUGUCACAUCUGGGCCCGAUGCACACCCACCCCCCAUUGCAGAUGAUGAGAGUGACGAUGAUGACGAUGAGGACAUGCCCAGGGAAGACCACUAUGCCCUUCUGGUGAAGGCCUGGGAGACCAAGGUGUUCCCUACCAUCCGCCGACGUUUCCGCAAUGAAGCAGAGAGGAAGUCUGGCCUGGACCAGAUAAAAGGCGCUUUGCAGCUGGGGAUGGUAGACAUUGCGAGGCAAACUGUGGAAUUUCUGUAUGAAGAGAAUGGUGGUAUUCCCCGAGAUCUCUACCUUCCUACCAUUGAGGACAUCAAGGAUGAGGCCAACAAAUUUACCAUUGACAAAGUGCGCAAAGGUUUGACCGUGGUCAUCCGCUGCCCGGACAGCAACAACACUAACAGCACCACCGGGGGGACAGCCCUGCCCAAGUUCGCCAUCCGGGGCAUGUUGAAGACCUUUGGCCUGCAUGGGGUGGUUCUGGAUGUGGACUCUGUGAAUGAGCUGGUGCAGGUUGAGACAUACCUGCGUAGUGAAGGGGUGCUCGUGCGUUACUGGUACCCCAUAGAGAUGCUGGAGCGCCCACCCGCUGGCUCACGUCGCACUGCAGCAAAUGGUCUUGUGUCCUUGGACAGCAGCAACAUCCAGAUCCACAGGGAGCUGCUGCGCUGCGAAGGUGCUCUGGCGCGGCUCUACUGCCGCAUGGCCUUGCUCAACAUUUUUGCCCCGAAGAGCCCCCACACGUUCACCCGCCUCUUUCACAUCCCUGCUGUUCGUGAUAUCACUCUGGAACAUCUGCAGCUGCUCUCCAACCAGCUUCUAGCACCACCACUGCCAGAUGGAACCAUCAGCUCCAGCUCAAUCCUAUUGGCACAAUCAUUGCUUCACAACUUGCAGGGCCAGAAUUGCUCACCAACUGACCUGUUCUACCAGGGCAAUGCACAAACCAUUCGUGAGUGGCUCACAGUAGCCAUCACACGUGCCCUUCAUCAAGGCGAGGAGAGCUUGCUGGAGCUCACCAAGCAGAUCUGCUGUUUCCUACAGAAUGCUCCAGAGCAGUUCACAUCGGAAGAAUUCCCCAUCGCAGAGUCAAAGGUCAGCAUGGACGUGAACUUCCCUGGUGCUGCCUUCAUUGUUGUCUCCUGUAAGGAGAGCCAGCUGGGCUGUCGCAAAGACUCUUCUCUGUACAAGGCCCCAUGGGCACGAGUCAUGGUGUAUGGCCUGGGGCACAAGGUACGCCGCAAUGGGCAGCUCAACUUGAUGGAGGCAGUCUGCUACCCACUGGAUGCCUCCCCCUCCAACACUGGUCUCACCCCCCCACCCACCACCAAUCAGUACCCCUCCAUCAUUAUACCCACUGACAAGGUGCAUGUCAAACUAGGUGUUUCGCCCCCUCCUGGAACCGUGCUGGCACUGCACUCCCUUCCACUGGAGUUCCCACUGGCUGUGGCCUUCGCAGAGCAAUUGCUGAGCUGGACGUUGGGCGAGAGCACAGAGCGCUCAGAGGAUGAGCCAGACACAGUCCCCCCCUCAGUCCUGCUGCAGCUGGUGGAAUUGCUGGGUGGCCUGCUGUGGACCACAGACCUUGCACCUUUCAUCAAAGAACUCGCCUUUCAGCUGCUGGCUGAGCUGUUACGCAAAGUGCACCACCUAGAGCAGCGGAGGAACCCGUCGGGUCUGUCCAACUCCAUAGCCCUACUUCUCAACCCCUGCCUGGCUGUACUCAUGGCCUUGCAGACAGAACUGCGCAAACUCUAUGACCGGGAGACCCAGGGCUGGGCAGCAGCUGGGGGUGGAGCUGGAGGUGGUUCAGCUGCAGGUGGGACCCUGGCCCUUGGGGCAGAGCAGGGUCGUUUCUCCACUUACUUCCAUGCUCUGAUGGAGGUGUGCCUCGCUGUUGCAGAAGUCACACUUCCGCUCAACAUGAGUGGCACUGCUGUAGGCACCCUCUCUUCCAGCAGCGCCCCUAACCUCAGCGACUCCUCCUCAUCUUCCUCUUCUUCACCUGGCCAGACCCCACAGAGCCCCAGCCUGCUCUCCAAACGCAAAAAGGUGAAGAUGAAGCGGGAUCGUGCUGCAGCGGCUGUAGCAGCGGCAGCUUCAGGGAAGCGCUCAGGCGCGUCUGCUAGUGGGGGCCGGCUCUCUGAGAGUGAUGGUGCUCUGCUGAACAUAGCAGGUGGGAAGCCUGAGGACAUGCUGUGGUUCCACCGGGGGCUCACGCUGCUUAUGAUCCUUCGGCAUCUGACCAAUAAAGAUCCUCAGGGGCUGGGUGUGACCAGUGAUGCCGUGACUGAUGCAUGUCAGGCCCUGGUGGGCCCCACUGCCCACAGCCGGCUACUUGUGCUCUCGGGAAUCCCCACCCACCUGGAGGAGGUGGUGGUGCGCAGUGCAAUCCGCCGAGCCUGCAAUGCCCAUGGCGGUCUCUUCAAGGAUGAAAUCUUCAUCCCACUGCAGGAAGAGGACCCCAAAAAACCCAAAGGGGGUGGGGUGUCCACGCCAGACACCAAGGUUGCCACUGAGGCUGAGCGGCCUCCUUCAACCGGAGGUAUUGAGAGCCCAGAGAGCUCUAGCAGUGUCACCCCUGCCAUGAGCAUUAGCGCCUCAGCUUCCACCAGUCAGACUUCCAUAUGUAGCUCCUCUCAGGGAGUCUCCCGCACAGCUAGUGAGCUCUCUGUGGAUCAGGAACUGCUCAUUGCCCCAGCUACCACUGCUGCUACUGCUGCCGCUGUUGCUGUUCUUGCAACUCCACAGGGGGCACUGGACCCUCACACUGUGUCCAGCCAGGAGAGCCUAGACAUCUCUCUAUGCAGCACAGGCAGCCUGGGCAGUCUGGGGAGCCUGGGGGAGCCACUGGACAGUGCUGACACUGCCUCAGUGUCUGAUGGGGGCUCUAUGUACACUGUUACCUCCCUGGACAACAAUGCUGUCAUGGCCCGACCAAUCAAGGGCUACGCUGUCAUUGAGGUUCGUGCCAAGGCUAAGGUGGAGAAGAUUCGCGCCAGCCUCUUCAACAGCAGCGACCUGAUUGGGUUGUCUAGCCUGGAAGGGGAGGAUGAGCUGAUGGAGAUGACCAAUGAGGAGAUCCUGACAGCAUCCACUGUGAAUCAGAGCCUGUUUGACACACAGGGAAGCUCAGCCCUGGAAGACUAUUUCAUGGACAAAUCCCUCAGAGGUGACAAGUUGGUGCCAGGUGUGCGUGAUGUGCUGACCGACAUCUUCAAAAGCUGUGUGCACUCGGAGCAGAUGCUGAGCCUCACGCCGGCCAAGCCUGUCAAGGUAUCGGACAUAUACCUGAGCAAGGAACAGAUCAACUCACAGACCCCAGGCAACCUCUUGUAUGUGUUCUUCACUAAUGUGCGGCCGCCCAAGAAACUGCUGGAGGACCAGCUCACGCAGAUUCUGCGGAAGUAUGGUGCUCCCAAGCCCAACAAGAGCAAGUACAGCAAGGCAGGCAAGGAGCAGCACCCGAGUAAGGUGGUGAGCACUAAGAGGCCCAUUACCAAGCCACCCACAAAGGAGAAGUCUGUGCUCAACAGUGUCAGAACGGCGCUGAGUGAGAAGAAACCUGUCCUAAAGCCGAAGUCCCCAGAGAAGUCACGGCCUGAUGAGAAGGACAUGGAUAAAUCUCCUGCCAAGAAGCAGGAAGUCCCCGAAGAGAAGUACCUUACUUUGGAGGGCUUCCACAAGUUUGCGGUAGACCGGGCCAAGCAGGAUAUUCGGAGCCUGUGGAGAGCCCUCCUGGCCUGUGGCUACGAUCUCCACUUUGAGAGGUGCACAUGCAUUGACACACGCCAUGCCCAGAAGGCCUGUAAGAAGUGGACGCUGGAGAUGGAUGUGGCGCUGGUGCAGUAUGUUAACCGGCUGUGCCGCCACCUUGCCAUCACACCAAGCCGCCUGCACCCCCAUGAAGUGUACCUGGACCCUGCAGAUACAGCAGACCCGCGUGUUGCCUGCCUGCUUGGUGUGCCUGUGGAGAGCCUUCGUCUGCGAUUUGCUCUUCUGCAGUCUCUCAACAACACACUGGAGAGCUUCUUCCUCCCACUGGUGGAGCUGCGACCGACGCCUACUUACCAGAACAGUAUUGCUGCACUUUUGCGAGAGGCCAAAGGUCUGAUCUUCUAUGACACCAAAGUGAUGGUGAUGAACCGGGUGUUGAAUGCCACAGUGCAGCGCACGGCUGACCAUGCCGCACCUGAGAUCACGCUGGACCCACUGGAGAUUGUGGGAGGGGAGAUCCGAUCCUCUGAGAACACAUACUUCUGUCAGGCAGCCAGACAGCUCUCCUGUGUACCCUCCUCGCAGCUUUGUGUCAAGCUGGCCAGUGGGGGCGACCCCACCUACGCCUUCAACAUUCGUUUCACUGGGGAAGAAGUGCACGGCACCAGCGGCUCUUUUCGCCACUUCCUGUGGCAGGUGUGUAAGGAGCUCCAGAGCUCGGCCCUGUCCCUGUUGCUGCCCUGCCCUAGCACCGCUGCCAGCCGGAACAAGGGCAAGUACAUCCUGACACCGUGCCCCAUCAGCUAUGCCGAGGAGCAGCUCCUGCACUUCUUUGGCCAGCUCCUGGGCAUCGCUAUCCGGGCAGACGUGCCGCUGCCCCUGGACCUACUGGGUUCCUUCUGGAAAGGGUUGGUGGGUGAGCCACUGGAUCCCGACAUUGACCUGCAGGAGGCUGACCUGCUCACCUACAACUACGUCAAGAAGUUUGAGAAUGUGAGUGACGAGGCGGAAUUGGAGGCAUUGUGUGCUGAGAUCUCCUCCCAGCAUCACUCGGGUGAGAGCCCUGACUCACCAAGCAGGCCAUGUUGCACCUUCUCCUUCAUCAGUAUGACUGGUGAGGAAGUGGAGCUAUGCCAAGCUGGACAUAACCUCACUGUCAGUUGGGAGAACAAGGGCAUGUACGCACGGGCAGUCAGGUCUCUGCGACUGCGAGAGCUGCAGAACGUGGAGUGUAUGACGGCAGUGCGUGCAGGGCUCGGCUCCAUCAUCCCACUGCAGCUGCUCACCCUGUUCAGCCCCCUGGAGCUGGAACUUCGCACCUGUGGCCUGCCCUACAUCAACCUGGAGUUCCUUAAGGCACACACCAUGUACCAGGUGGGCCUGAUGGAGACAGACCAGCACAUUGAGUUCUUCUGGACCGCCCUAGAGAUGUUCACACAGGAGGAGCUCUGCAAGUUCAUCAAGUUUGCCUGCAACCAGGAGCGCAUCCCCUUUACCUGCCCCUGCAGAGAUGGGGGCCCCGACACUGCCCAUGUGCCCCCAUACCCCAUGAAGAUUGCACCACCUGAUGGAGUGGCAGGCUCCCCGGACUCCCGCUACAUUCGUGUGGAGACCUGCAUGUUCAUGGUGAAGCUACCGCAGUACUCCUCGCUGGACGUCAUGCUGGAGAAGCUGCGUUACGCCAUUCACUACCGCGAGGACCCGCUCAGUGGCUGAAGGCGGCACUGUGGGCCUCACUAUGCCCCACCCUGCUGUCUACCCCCCCAGUCUGCUCUGUAGCCCACCCCAUCCCUGUCUCCUGAAGGAGGCGCUGGUGUUACAGGCCUUUGUUUCCUUUAGCUGAGCUGGGAGACCAUGCAUUCAGGCCUCCAAAGUCCCAUUUGUCAUCUUCUUAAGCGGUGACAGUUCACAUCCAGAAGUGACAAGUGUACAUUCUAUGGCCCUUUUUGACUGAAGCCAAACCAGUUGUUGUGUGUAACAGGGGAAGUGGGAAGUUUUCUCUGCUCCCCCUCCCCAUUUUGACCCCCUCUUCUGGCUCUUCCCCAUCUCUGUUUUUCUCUCUCCUUUUCUUACCCACACAGGGAAAACACUUGGACAUGCUUGAAUCCUGGACUUCAUCGUUCAACCAAAAGUGGCAAAACUCCAGCUGUUUGUAUUUCUCUGGUCUCCAGAGCCACUGCACAUGAAAAUGCCAAAAGCUGUGCAGAGGUCAAAGGUAACCACUGCCAAUCGAGGUCAUAGUGUUCAGUGGAGCCUCGUGCAUAGAAGGUGUCUGUAUGAUGGCUCUGCAGAGGACUCCCACUGCUCCUGUAUUUUUCCUUCUAUUUCGGCUGGUUUUAAUAUUGGACAUACGGAGGGGGAGGACAUUGUUCCUGUAGGGUUACAGGCCGCUUCUGUGUAAAGGGACAAAUGGCAGGCGGCUGCGUGUGCGCUGUUCAUCAGCAUGUGGACACUGUACAGUAACGCCUGUAAAGCUUCAUUGUUACUGCACACUUCACUGGCCUCUGGGCACAUGCGUACAUAGUAUAUUGUAUUCAGAGCUGUAGCAAAAUUGUGAGGCGCUGUUCCAAGAAAGAACUUUGCCCCCAGUCUCUUGUGAACAUUGUAGAGAAAGAGAGACUCCAGAAUGGGCAGAGCCUUUAGUAAUGCCCUGGUGGAUGAUGUGAUGAGGUCUGCCUGCUGACAACUGACUGGCCCCCUGCCACACAUGUCCUUCCACAUGCCACUUACCUGCAAUGGUGGCUGAAAGCUGUGCAUGGUGGGAAUUCCUGCUGGCACACUGGUUCUGCUAAUGCUCGCCUGCUGGGUUGGACCCAAAAUAUCAAUAACUGCCUUUUGCGGAAGGGCUGGGGUGACCAGCUGAGGUCAAGUCCUGGUCUUCUGUUUUUUUUUUUUUUUUUUUAAAUUUUUUUAUUUUUGUCCUUAACCAAAAUAUUUAGCUAUGUAAAGAAAUAUGUACUUUAAGGAAAUGUAAAUAGAAUUCUACGUUCAGCUCAGAGACAGUGUUUUAAAUAGCUGUUUCACAUCACUUAGGGAUUUUUAUUUUCUGCCAGAAACAAGUAGAUUAUUAAAAUUGAGUUUGAGUUGGGUGUUCUGCAUUGGAUUUCCAGUUUGUUCAUUAAGUUUUGAAAAUUGGGAAAAAGACCAGUAAUAUAUCAGUUAAAUAUUGUAACUCAGAUCAAUAAUGUGUUCCUCCUUGCGUUAUUGGUGAAACAUUCUGUCGUGUAAUUGAGCAGUGGUGUUCAAGCAGACACUGGGGAGCUCUGCGGUGGCACUGGCCUUCUCCAUGGCCCUUCGCUUAUUUAGUCUUGAAAGGAGUUGAUUGUUUGCCAAUUUUUUUUCUUGUUUUUUUUUUUGGUAAUUUCACGAAUGACGAUGAUAGCUGUGACAGUAUACCGCUGCUAACCAAGCUGCUCUCUUGCAAAGAAAGAUUGGAGAAUAAAGGACAUACAUGUGUUACAAGUAAGAAAGUGUGCUGUACAUUUACUUGAUAUUUAUUACAAUUAUUUAUGGUUGCAUUAACUUUUACUGUCUGCCCUCUGUGCAUCUGAAUCCAACACUGAUGUCUGAAAUUCUACAGAGGAGCAAAUGAAGUUAUUGAUUUGUGUCACAACAAUAAAUUGUCUUGAUGUAAA